AUGGCCUCUCAUAUUCAUCAUGAUGAUCAUACAAGUGCUACUAAUUCUUCUUCAUAUUCUACUCCAAAACUUUCUUUAUCUAAACUUCCAAACAAACCAAUUAGAAACAACAUUAAUAAUAACAACAAUCAUGUACUAGCUAGUAGUACUACAUAUGCAACUCCACCACUUCAUCCAACACUUACAAUUCCAUUUCAAUGGGAAGAGGCACCAGGAAAACCAAAAGUUACAAAGUCCAAAACAGCAAGGUGUCUAGACUUGCCACCAAGGUUAACAUUGUUGUUGAAUGAGGAAGGUAAAAUUACUAAUACGCCCUCCCCAACGACCGUGCUGGACGGUCCUUGUAACGUGGGGAGGUGUUUUUCGUCGAUUGACGAAGCAUCUCUUGAGAAGAAAGAAGAGAUUAGGAGUGGUAAUAAUAAGGAGAAUAUUAUGAUGGGAUCAUGGAGAUGGGAAAACUUGAAGGAGAAUAAUGAUAAUAAUAGAGGAGUUGUUGACAAGGGUAGUUCCGACUUUUCAGGUCCUCUUAAUUGUUCUACUUCAAGUGCUUAUGAUUUUGAUACACAUCAAAAGAAAUUCUUAAGGUUUACAGGGAAAGGAAGCUUCUUCAAUUUCUCUCGUAACAAUUCGAAUCUCUUGGGAGGAAUUUACGAAAGCUUUAAGCAAGUGGUUCCAUGGAGAUGGAGACGGCCAAAAAACAAAAGAGCUAUAUGAGCAAUAUAUUAUAUGAAUAUAAGGAAAAAAAUUAUCCUAUAAUUAUUUCUCACUUUUAAUUAACAUGGAUUAAUUAUAAAUUGAGUCAAUUAUCUAUAAUGACUUUAUUAUU